UAACACACCCAGACCCGGAUACAGCCCGAGAUACAGCCCGAGAGUCUCCAGAGUCUGCGGUCUGCCGUAAACAUGUCGGUGACAGUGAAGGCCUACCUUCUGGGCAAAGAGGAUACGGUGAAGGAGAUCCGGCGUUUCACCGUGGACCAUGACGUCAGCGCCAGCUUCGAGUAUCUGAGCCGCAAAGUCACCGCAGCCUUCAGCCACCUGCAAAACCUGUCCUUCACCCUCUUCUAUAAAGAUGAGGAUGAGGAUAUGGUGGCUUUCUCCUCUGAUGACGAGCUGGUGAUGGCUCUGGCCUGUGUCAAAGACAACACCUUCAGACUCUACAUCAAAGAGAAGAAGGAGCAUCGGCGUGACUUCCCCGCUUACGCCUUUCCUCCAUUUGGAUUCCCACCUUUUCACCACGCCCCGCCUCCUGGACCCCACGCCCCACCCCCAGGCCCACAUGCCCCGCCCCAUGGGCCCCAGGUCCCUCCUCCCGGCCCGCCUGGCCCACCCCCUGGACCGUUUGGGCCGUUCGGACCGCAUUGCCCUCCGGUGGUCCACCCCGGCGUGACCUGCGAUGGCUGUGAGGGGCCGGUGACAGGGACCCGCUUCAAGUGCUCCGUCUGCCCCAACUACGACCUGUGCGGCAGCUGCCAGGCCAAAGGAGUGCACACUGAGCACGUGCUGCUGCCCAUCUGGCACCCCAUACAGCAUUGGCUCCCUCGGGGGAAGUGGAUGAAGUGGAUGAGACACUGCGUGUUGAACCAGAACCGUGGAGCCCAGGCCUCCAACCAGGCCCAGAACUCCAACCAGGCCAGACCCAACGGUGAACCCAACCCUGGGCCCGAGGAGCCUGGACCCUCCUCUGAGGCCCAGACCAAUGUGGACUUCCUGAAGAACAUUGGAGAAGGAGUGGCGGCCAUGUUGAGUCCUCUGGGGAUUGACGUGGACAUCGACGUAGAACAUGAGGGACAGCGCACCAAAGUGACUCCGCCCAAUCAGAGCGCUGACAUGGACAUGGAGGCGGAAGUGGACGGGUCUGCUGCAGGAGAGGGCGGAGCUAAAGAGGCUCCGGCAGCGACUGGCUCUGAUGAGGAGUGGACUGACCUGUGCUGUAAGGAGGUGGACCCCUCGACCGGGGAGCUGCAGUCUCUGGACCCUAAAGACCUGGAGAUGGCCCCCAGCCCCGAACCCAAGACCACCCCAAACCAGGACCCCAACCCACCCACCGGCCCCAACCCACCCACCGGCCCCAACCCAGGACCCAGUGGACUCAGAGAGGCAGCACUCUACCCCCACCUCCCUGAAGAGGCGGACCCUCGCCUGGUGGAGGCGCUGUCUCAGAUGUUGUCCAUGGGCUUCACAGAUGAGGGGGGGUGGCUGACCCGACUGCUCCAGGCCAAAGGAGGCGACAUCGGAGCGGCUCUGGACGCCAUCCAGUAUAACGCCAACAACAAACGCAGCUAAA